CACUUAUCAUAUUCAUAUCCACUAUUAUUAUAAUAAAUUAUCUUGCUGUAAGUGUAUGUAUUGUAACCGUAUAUAAAAACAUUAUACCAGUCUUGACAAUCUCAUAGUUCGUACGAACAGCGGUAGAAACGAUGUCUCUGAUAUCAGAUCUCUUCGCCAACAACACAGCCAAUCUUACUCCUUACGCAAUUCUCAUCCUCACUGCUAUCUUUACGGUUCUCUGGUUCCUCUUCAAACGCUCGCCGCAACCGCCUCUACCGCCUGGACCGCGAGGCCUACCUAUUGUCGGAAGCCUCCCGUUUCUUGACCCGGACCUUCAUACCUACUUCACAAACCUCUCUCAUGAACACGGUCCAAUCUUCAAACUCAAUCUUGGCUCAAAACUAACUGUUGUGGUCAACUCUCCAUCGCUGGCUCGAGAGAUCUUCAAAGAUCAAGACAUCAACUUCUCAAACCAUGAUGUCCCACUCACGGCAAGAAUCGUUACCUAUGGUGGCCUCGACCUUGUAUGGCUACCAUACGGUGCUGAAUGGAGGAUGCUUAGAAAAGUUUGUGUUCUCAAGCUUCUUAGCCGCAAAACUUUGGAUUCAUUCUACGAGCUUCGACGCAAAGAAAUCCGAGAGAGAACGAGAUUUUUAUACGAGAAAAGUCAAGAAGGAUCGGCGGUGAACGUCGGAGACCAGUUGUUCUUGACGAUGAUGAAUCUAACAAUGAAUAUGUUAUGGGGAGGGUCGGUAAGAGCAGAGGAUAUGGAGAGUGUUGGAACAGAGUUUAAAGGAGUUAUUUCUGAGAUUACUAGGCUUUUGGGUGAGCCUAAUGUUUCUGAUUUCUUUCCGUGGCUAGCGAGGUUCGAUCUUCAAGGGCUUGUGAAGAAGAUGCGUGUGUCUGCUCACGAGCUUGAUGCCAUAUUCGAUAGAGCUAUCGAACAGAUGCAUAAGCUAAGAAGUAGCGACGAUGGUGAAUGUAAAGACUUUUUGCAACAUUUGAUGAAGUUAAAGGACCAAGAAGGCGAUUCGGAGGUUCCCAUUACAGUUAACCAUGUCAAAGCCGUACUCGCGGAUAUGGUGGUUGGUGGUACCGACACAUCUACAAACACAAUAGAGUUUGCGAUGGCAGAGCUUAUAAGUAACCCAAAGUUGAUGAAGAGAGCGCAACAAGAGCUAGACGAAGUUGUUGGAAAAGAACAUAUUGUCGAAGAAUCGCACAUCACUAGACUUCCGUACAUACUAGCCAUUAUGAAGGAAACACUUAGACUUCACCCAACCAUUCCUUUGUUAGUCCCUCAUCGUCCAACUGAAACUGCUUUGGUGGGAGGUUACACCGUCCCUAAAGACACUAAGGUCUUCAUCAAUGUUUGGUCUAUUCAAAGAGACCCAAACGUGUGGGAGAAUCCGACCGAGUUUUGUCCCGAGAGGUUUCUUGAUAAUAAAUCUUGUGAUUUCAGUGGAACCGAUUACAGCUUUCUUCCGUUUGGAUCAGGCAGGAGAAUUUGCGCGGGUGUAGCACUCGCUGAGAGGAUGGUUUUGUACACUCUCGCCACCCUAUUACACUCGUUCGACUGGAAGAUUCCGGAGGGACAAGUUUUGGGUCUGGAAGAGAAGUUUGGAAUUGUCUUGAAGCUCAAGACUGCUCUUGUUGCCUUGCCCGUUCCUAGGUUGUCCGGUUCGAAUCUUUAUCAAUAGAAGCUAAGAAUACUUAUCAAGGUAUUAAGAAAGAAGUCUUUUGGCUUUGGCAAACUUCCAUCUAUGAACUUUGUAAAGAAAGGAACUGAAGAAUGCAUACUACCAGUGCCCGCCCAGUGAAUAUAAGGGCCACAAGCCCCGGAAAACUAUGGACUGUUAGUUAAAAUAAUUUGAAGGAUAAGGAGAUUGGAUACCACUACCAUUAGGUUACAAAAAACUAUUGUCAACGUCAGAACUAAGCAGCGUUUGGGAAUAUUUCGAGUUCACUCUCUUUAUAAGUACUAGGAUCCGGACCCCCGCAGUUUGCGGGGGAAAUGAGGGAAAUGAUACUAAUUUUAAACAUAAUUUUUUUCAAAUACUUAGUUAUUUCAUUUGUGGAUUGCUUGGACACUGA